AUGAAGGACCGCAUCUUGCUCAUCGUCCGGGAGGUGGAGCGCGUCGUGACGUCGCCGUAUCCCGCGUCCCUCCAUGACCUUGCAAAUCUUGUUAUCGGUAGCUCUCCUGCCGCCAUUCGCCAAUGGGCAGAUUCCAAGCCUUGCCAGGUUCCUCUCCUGGCCUCUGCGCUUCUCGAACAGCUGCCGCACUCAUCAGGCCUGCUUGCCAAAUUCGCGUGUGUACAAGAGUUUCGUGAUAGCUUAUUGAAGCAGGAGCCUACCGUGCUGGAUCAAUUUCUUCAGCGAGCCAUUGAAGAUGGCGACUCUGAGGCGUUCCGUACGUGCAUCUCGUUGUUGUCCUGUCCAAUUCCACAGUCGGUUGUGGCCCCUGCCCGGCUUGGAACUUUCAUUAUGAAGCUCGUGGAGGAAAUGGUGCGUGAACCGUGUGCAAGGACCAUUAGCCCUCUGUACCAAGUCAUGGCGGGCCUUCUCGGCAAUUCCAACCUUUUGGAAGCUUUACCGGAGGCGAUUAUGGCAAAUUUUCAAGCGGAAUGUACCAAGAUCUUGCGCAAUCUGAACGACCAUGUGGGCAGCUUGUUUUGCUUAGCCACCUUUGCCCGCAUCAAGUUACUUUGGACCCCAAGUCAUGAACGUGAAACUGGGGAACAUGCCUGCCCGGUGUGGUUUCAGAAUCUCAGUCAGUUCUUCGGGGCCAAACGUGCGCAAAAGACGCUCGACCUCGUUGUUAUGUCGGUGAUAAUGGCUUGCUCCGCGACUUGCAGCACGCUUUCAACUGCGGAGGCGGUGGAGUGUGUGUCGCUGGCCAUUGAAAUCUGCGAGAACGUCGACCAAGAGCAGAAGAACAUCUGGCUUAGGAGCAAUGCAUCACGAAUCGCCAAGCUUUGUGAGAAACUGACUAGGAAUGGGAUAGAUGCCGACCUUCAGAUGACGGGCUUGACCUUUUUGUUUACGUUUUCCUCCGGUCUACCACUGCCAAGAGAAAUUCAUAGUCUGGCACAGCAAAAAUUGUUGUCGGAAGAUGGCUGGAAUGCACUAAGCGCAUUACCGGAUAGAGUCUCAGCGUUGCUAGUCGAACGAGUAUCUGCUUCUCUUGAUCAAGUGGGCUUGUCCAAUGUGAUCUCCUGCGCUAUUUCUGCCAUCCAACUAGAAGAUAUGUCGGACUACACUGCUCUCACAAAGAUCAAAAUUGCCAUAUUCGUCCUCUCAGCAGUGCAAAGGCUACAUUUACCAGCAUCGUCCGAGAUCAUUCUCCAAUGCCUUUCUGCUUGUGAGAAAAUGGCAAUUGAGAGGCAUAUUGAAAAUUAUCCCAUGCAAACAAGCCAGGAUGAUUGCAAAGGGUCCGCAGUUUGCUAUGCGGCUUGUUGUGCUGCGCGCAAUUCCCUGUUGGUCGAACUGCUUUCCUUGUCCUACAAGGCUACCAUCUCCAGUUAUACUGAGGGCCGCGAUUCUGCAUAUUCCCAUGCUCAUGAGAUGUUCCUCUCGUUCAUGAACACAAUAAAGCGCAGGACGUCUUUGCACACCUUUUGUGGCUUUUCCAAACGCGAGACACCGGAGAGAUUUGGUGCUCUACUUAUCCAAAAAGUGCGAGAGCCUUCCCCGUCUUUGCCCAUCAAUGGCUCCAGCAGAGAGUGGAGGGCGAAAAUGGCUGAGCUUCUCCUCGAAAAUGCCCGUGUCUCCCACCAAUCUAUUGUUCAACAGAUGGAAGAAAUCUGUCGUGACUUAGAGUUCCGCUGUCACAAUGUUGAGGCGCCGCUUAGGGCAGUUGCUGAAGAACGCGAUAAUCUCCAUUCGCAGCUGGAGGAAAUGAAACGACUCAAUGCAGAAUUAGAAUUUCAGGCGCAACAGUCAUUGACAUUAAUUUCCAACUUAAAAGCGGACAUGGCACGGCUGGAAGAGAAGGCAAAUAGUGCGUCGACUCGGGCUGAUAACUUGGCCUCUCAACUUGCUGCAGUGCAAAUGGAACUUGACACGGCAAAACGAGAAUCUCAAGAAAGCGCAGAAUUGGAACGGACAAAAGCCAGGACUAGGGAGCUUGACCUCAUGGCUACCCUCACCGAAAGGGAAGAUCAGCUCGAUGAACUGCAAGAAGAGAUGCAGAACUUGAAACGGGAAAUUUCAAAGCUGCAAGACAUAAGAGAAACGACUUCGAACGAAAGGAAUGCUGCAAUUCAGGAGCGUGACCGGCUUCGGCUUGAGGUCACCCAACUUCAGAAUUCUCUGGACACUCAAACUACACUGUGUCUGGAAAAGGAUAGUCAGAUCCAAUGUCUAGAAGCAGAAAAUAAGAAUUUGUCUGCCGAUGUACAAAACCUACGAACUAAGUAUGAACAAGAAAAGGUGGAUGCCGAUGCGUUGAGGUCUGCCUUGGAUGCAGAAAGACGGAACCAACAAUUUACCAUUGCUGAGCUCAAGACGGAAUUUGAAGCUCAAAUCUCCAAAGCUAACACAGAUGCCCAGCAAGAAGCCGAUCGUCACAGAAAAGAGGUUGCUGCUCUUCGCGCAUCCUUGCAGGACGCUGAGUCUAAAGCCACAAAGGAGCUCCAGUCUAAAAACAGGAGAAUCCAACAUCUGGAGAGGAAGGCAUGUCUUCAAUGUCUCCCGUUCCAUACAAAGCUAAUGAUCUUCCAGGUCGAAUCGUUACGGAAUGAGAGGGCCAAGAAAGCGCGCGAAUUCUCUGAGGCGCAGGAACACAUAAGCCGCCUUAUGGCUGUCAUGGGCUUUACAAAGGAUCGUAAAGACGAUCAUCGUCCCUCUGUCAGAGUCAGCGACAAGCUAGCAUUGGAAUCGAGCAGGCAGGCUGGGCUGCAGUCGGACUACCUCCAUUCACAAGACAAUACGGCAUCCUUCCAGACCCAGUUUUCCAUCCAAGACCCAAUCGCACCGGCAUCGUCCUGCAACAAUAGAGAUUCUCCAAAACGGCCAGGAAGCUCACGUCGAUCAAGAGGUCUUUCCUUGAAGUCUGUUCAGGAUCUCGUCGAAGACGAAGAGACCGAGACCGCGAUUCACCCACAAUACGAAGCAAACGGUCAAGAGCCCCCACGACAGCCGCUAGGGGAUGUCGACAAAAACAGCCAGAGAAAAUCACCGCGGCGCAGUUCGAAAACAAGCAGCUAUGAUAGUGAGUCCACGCAGCUCGAUAGACAGCUCGGCACCAGUAUGGAGAGAGCCAGUCUUGACGAGAUUGACUUGGAAUUCAAUGAUGAAGACAUUUUCAUGAGUACAGCGGCCAGGUAA